AUGUCUGAAAUAUCACCCCCAUUGUCACAAGGUGUGGGGUAUGGGGUUGUGAUUGGGGUUGGGUUGGCCUUUGCGGCAGGAAUGAUGGUGGUCACCAAAAUAUUGAAGAAAACAGUUGGUGAAGAUAAUUCAAACGUCGAAACAUUUAUGGUUGCCAAUCGAUCGGUUGGCACCGGUUUAGUGGCCUCGGCCGUCGUCUCAUCAUGGCUCUGGAGUACAGCAUUACUUAGUGCCGUUUUGGUGGCCUAUCAAUACGGCAUCAGUGGUCCAUUCUGGUAUGGUGCUGGGUGCUCACCCAUGAUUGUUUGCUUUGCAUAUCUCGGAACCGUCUGCAAAAGGCGUGUGCCUAGCGCGCAUACCGUUUUGGAGAUCAUUAAGCUUCGAUAUGGGACCCUUGCUCACCUGAGCUUUACCUUUUUGGCCGUGGUGAAUAACUUAUUUAAUACUAUCAACAUGAUUCUCGGGGCUUCAUCAGCCAUUACAUAUUUGACUGGAAUGCACAUAAUGGCAUCUACAUUCUUGUUACCACUCGGAGUGGUCAUCUAUACGCUCACGGGAGGCAUCAAAGCGACGUAUGAGUUCUUGACAGAUUACAUACACACUUUCAUCAUUCUUAUUCUGUGCUGCUACCUAACCCUCAAAGCUUUGACCAGCCCAGAGGUUGGCUCCAUCGGAGGGCUCUAUGAUCUUGUCGUGGAGGCUCAGCCAAAUCACGUUAUUGAUGGGAAUUAUCAAGGAUCACUCCUGACGAUGACAUCCCAACAGGGAAUUUUCUUUGCAAUCAUCCUGUUGGUGUCAAACUUUGGAGCCGUAAUUAUGGACACUGGGUACUUUACAAAGGCCUUCGCUGCUUCCCCAGAAGGUGUCGUUCCAGGCUAUGUUAUUGGAGGAUUAUCAUACUUUAGUAUACCAUGGGCGCUGGGAACUGUGAUGGGCAUGGUUACACUUGGCUUGGAGACUACAAAGGCGUUUCCCACGUAUCCUAGAAUAAUGACCAGUUCAGAGGUAACCAAUGGACUGGCAUUACCAUAUGCUGCAAUUGCGGUAGCAGGAAAGGGAGGCGCCGUGGCUACCCUUUUAAUGACUUUCAUGGCUGUCACUUCUACACUGUCUGCGCAGGUGAUCGCUGUAUCCUCCAUUGUGGCUUUUGACGUCUAUCGGUCCUACUUCAACACGAGUGCAGGAAACAAGGAGGUAAUCCUCUGGAGCAGAAUAGGUGUUAUUUCAUUUGGUCUCGCUGCAGCAGGUCUUACUGCUCUAUUUCACUACGUUGGAAUUGAUAUGGGCUGGACACUCUACAUGAUUGGAGUUAUAACUUGUCCUGGAAUCUUCCCGCUUAUCCUGUCAAUUCUCUGGAGAAAACAGAGCCGGGUGGCGGUCAUUGCAUCCGCGUAUCUUGGUUUAGCGACCGGCCUUGCGGUCUGGCUGGGAACGGCUCAUCGUUUCUAUGGUGCUGUAACAGUUGCCUCGACAGGACAGACACUUCCAUGCAUGUACGGCACGGUUGCGUCUGCAUUCAGUCCUUUGCUAUACUCGGUGCUCAUCACAUAUCUUGGCCCCGAGGACUUCGAUUGGACUUCGCUGAGCAAGACCAGCCUUGCUGUUAAGACCAUCGAUGAAGUCACCGAUAACAUUGAGGCUCAUGCUAAAUUCGAUGGUGAAACGGAUUCGAGCAUGAGACCUCAGACCACUGAGAUCAACGACGAAUGCGAGGAUGCUUCCGAGGCAGCUGGAAGAAGAUGGUCCCGAUAUGCGUUAUUUUGGGCCAUUGCUACCUUCCUGGGUCAUUGGGUCCUCUGGCCGCUUCCGAUGUAUGCUGCAAAGUUUGUGUUCAGCAAAGGACUUUUCGUUGCAUGGAUCGUCGUUGCUGAAAUCUGGCUGUGGGUUACAUUGUUGAUAGUCGGCUUUUAUCCUUUGUGGAAUGGACGCCAUAAAAUCCUUCUCAUCGCGCGAAGUAUUACCGUUGGUGCAUAG